AUGCCCGGCAAGGUGACCAUUGGCAGCGACAUCGGGCAGGCCCACUGAGCCGUGGAGCAGCUGCAGAUGGAGGUGGGCAUCGACCGUGUGAAGGUGAGGCCAGGGCAAGGCGGGUGCAUCUGAGCAAGGGGGCAGGUGGACAGCCCAGCCCAGGUCUGGCUAACCGGGCUGGCCUGCAGGUAUCCAACGGCCACUGACCUGCUGCAGUUCACGGAGCAGGCCAAGAGUGACCCCUUCCUUGUGGGCAUCCCAGCUGCCACCAACCCCUUCAAGGAGAAGAAGCCCUGCACCAUCCUAUGA